AUGGAUCAAACCCUGAAACAAGCGGUCCCUCAAAGCACAUGGUUGGUGCCCGGCUCCGCAGCCUUCGACUUCCGCGGCGAUGUUCGCACAAACCCAACUGUUGCGAUGCUCAACGCGAUUGCCCACGCAGACCUUUCCGACGGCGUCGCAACGUCUGACCCAUCAACCCACGAACUGGAAGACUAUGUCGCCAACUUAACCGCACGCCCUGCGGCACUCUUCGUCCUAUCUGGUACAAUGGGGAACCUCGUCGCACUCCGCAGUCUUCUGAGGCAGCCACCGUACGCGAUCCUCUGUGACUCACGGUCUCAUAUCCUGGCCAGCGAGGCCGGAGGCGCCUUUGCUUUUACGGGGGCAAUCCCGCAACCCAUCGAACCUGAAAAUGGAGAGUAUUUGACCCUAGAAGAUAUUUUGCCUCGGGUUGUUCUUCCUAAUGAUACUACUGGAACAACAACGGUACACAUGUGCCCGACGAGAGUCAUAUCGCUGGAAAACACGCUCCGAGGUAUGGUCAUGCCGUGGGCUGAAGCACAGCGGAUCUCCAAUUUUGCACACGAGCAUGGGAUUCUUGUUCAUUUGGAUGGAGCUCGUCUUUGGGAGGCGGUUGCUGCAGGGCCCGGUUCAUUAGCCGAAUACUGCUCGCUGUUUGACACGGUGAGCCUGUGCUUCUCCAAGGGGCUUGGAGCUCCCGCUGGAGCGAUUGUUAUUGGCAGUGAGCCUGUUAUCAGACAUGCACGAUGGAUUCGACAGAGUAUCGGUGGGAGUAUACGGCAGCCAGGGCCGUUGUCGGCUGCUGCGCUGGUUGCUGUCAAGAUGACCUUUGAGGCGGGCUUACUGAAGCGAUCCCAUGAGAUUGCACAGGAUAUUGCAGCUUGUUGGCAGGGAUGUGGUGGGAGGUUGAAGCACCCUACGCGGAGUAAUAUGGUUUGGCUCGAUUUUACGGGGUUGCCGUUCGGAUUAAGAGAACUUAUAGAUGAGGGCGCAAAACGAGGGGUGAUCAUAUCGAGGGAUAGGCUGGUUGUUCACUAUCAGAUCUGUAAGGAAGCGGUAUCAAUUUUGAAGCAGGUGAUGGCAGGUUUGACGUCUAGAAUUUUGUAG